CUAAUCAAAGUAUGGCUAUUAAUGAUGAUUUUCUUGAUGAUAAAAAUGGCUUUUCUGGUAAUAAUUUUUCUGGUGACAAUGAUUUUUCUGGUGAUAAUUUUUCGGAUGACAACGGUAAUGAUGUUUUUUUUAGUAACGAUGAUUUUCUGGAUAAUAAUAAUUUGUUCUAUUAUAACGGGCUUUCUGAUAAUUACGAUAGUUCUCCUGAUGAUUAUGAGAACCAAAUUAUUAAAUAG